AUGUCAGCUACAAGCGCCAAAGGAUCCAUUCAAAAGCCUACUCGUUCCAGGCCCAUCCUGAGGCUCGAUAUUGCUGCCGCUUUGGGACUGGGGAAAGUAGGCAAGCCGAUCUUGGUCAGGGAAUAUCAAAGUCCAACAUUGACACUAGAAUCGGCGAAAAGGGAAGUAUCCAAACACCCUCUACCCGAAUACCUACCUGACAUCGUGGAACAGCAAAAUCAUUCACGAGAAAGACUUCAGCGAUCCGGUGACGCGGAGACUCACGACUGUCUUCAUUGGGCUUUACAACAUACCUACGACAAGCAGCCACGAAACUCAUGGGAUAGUUGCAGCUGUGUAGGCGGCACUUACGAAAUUGACUCGGAUUAUUUUGAGCCCAUGACGGAAGACGAAUUUGUUCAGAGACGUGUCAGACUCCACGAGACAUACGAAGACCUAGAAGCCUCGACACAAAAUCCAGUGAGCACUCAACUUCGUGCUGGAAGUGCAAAUGAUGAAGUCAGAGAGACUAUAGAUAUGGACCUCUCUGCUUUUCCUCUUGUACAAAAUCGCCUCCAAGAAGUGAAUAUCACAAUCGAAAAUCAGACUAACGACCAGUCAAUUGAAGAUGCAGUUGGGCCAGUGGAACUCUUGGAAGAUUUACAAAAUGAUCUAGAAGUUGCCGCAUCUGUUGUAAUGCAUGGCCAAGGGAAUCAAACAGAUGGUGGGACUAACAGUACAGUUGAAGAACCAGAGGUUGGUCGUCGCACUAGAUUCCACGAACACUUGGACUCGCUCGAUGCACCAGUAUUCCGUUUGAGUUUGGCCGGCCUUACUCCUCCUCAGCAGUCGACUCCAAUGCUGGAAUCCAACUGUGUAAGUCAACAUACCCACUUCCUGGCACCCCCCUGUUUCUGGCACCCACAAAAACGCGAAAAUCCACCACAACCCAAUGCCCACCCCCAACCUCCUUUUAUCACAACAUUUUCAAUUCGCGUCCAAAUGGGCUCAUCUUUUGCACAUGUCUUCUUCUAUAUAUAA